GAAUACACUGCAAACCUUUUAACCGGCGAUAACACUCACCACGGAAGCAGUUUUAGCUUUACGAGCGUGCCGAAAAACGAAAAAUUCCGUGAGAAAAUGACGUGCCUAAAUUUGAGAUCUUGGAAUACUUGAUGACUAUUAUAUUAUACCUACUUUAUCAAGAUUCCUACCGAAGGAACAAAAUGAACUGAUGUUUAAAUAACUACGCACAAAGUUAAAUUAGAAAAUGUUGUAUGGAUUCUACCUAUUUAUGAUAUAAAUUUAUCCAAUAUGCUUUCUUGGAAGGCUGUGUUAAUGUUUACAUAUAUUGUUGUGUCUGGAAAAGAUACUGGAGUGAUAUUGACGGGUGAAGAGGCAGGCAUAGAUUACUCUGACUUGGCUGCUGAGGCAGAGAGACACAAGAACGAUAUAUUGAACUUUUUGAAUCAAACGCGAGUGCGCGAACAGUACAAAGCUAUGUUUGAAUUCCUGCUUGAUAAAUUGACUGGUGGUAGCACUACUAAUCGCAGAGGCUCAACCCGGCGUAUCGUGUCUGGCCGAAAUACAUCAAUAGCGGCGGUUCCGUGGCAGGUGUCGCUCCGGGAGAAGACAUAUCCGAUAUGCGGAGGCUCGGUCGCCACUGACAUCUGGCUGCUCACCGCCGCCCACUGUUUACUGAGAGCUCGUUCGAAUGAGCUGAGCGUCCGUCUCGGCUCCUCGUGGAAGUCGCACGGAGGUGAAAUGUACGACGUCAAAGAAUACUACGUCCACCCUCGGUACGUCAGCAAGAGCAAAGUCAACGAUGUGGGGCUGGUCAGACUGUAUUCGCCUCUGAGGUUCUCGGCGAGGGUGCUGCCCAUAAGGUUGGUGGCUAAGGAGGCAAGACUGCCGGCUGACGAGCUGGCUAUCGUCUCCGGCUGGGGGAAAUUAAAGGAAGGAGGUCCUAGCGCCACUUAUCUCCAGUCAUCCACGGUGAAGACGAUUGCAAUGAAGCUGUGCCAGCGAUCUGGGCUUGAUAGGAAAGCCAUUGACCCUGCCUCCAUGUUUUGUGCUGGCUACUUCGAGCAACCGUCACCUGACGCUUGCCAAGGCGAUAGCGGUGGUCCGUUGGUAAGGAACGGCGUCCUGAUCGGAGUGGUGUCGUGGGGACUAGGCUGCGCCAGGGGCAAUUUUCCCGGCGUGUACACUAGGCUCUCGCAUCCCAUCAUAUGGGACUGGGUACAUGGACACCUCACUAGGAGGGAUAACAACUCUGUUAUAUAACAAAUAAAUUAUUAUGUAAAUACUAUUUUAAUAAAAUUUAAUGAA